AUGCCUGUUCCGCUAAGGUCGUUGACAAAGGAGGCGGAGUGCACUGGUCGCAUCGAAGGAUGGCUUGGAAAGUUAGAGAUCAAGGGUCAUGAGACUGAUGAGGGCAAGGGGAACGAGAAUGCCCAAGAUGAGAGGGCAAUCUUGGGACUAAGAACCCCGAAGCGGCAACCAAACUCACACGCAACAUUGGACGAGACCUCACCAACCUAUACCUCAUUCUCCGGGCAGAGCAUCUUCGAUGUACCUCUCCGCCGGAACCUGUUUGGUAGCCCGACCCCAAAGUGUGAGAUACGAGACGAUGAUUCGGACACGACCAGGAUUAAUAGCGAUGACUGGACGCUCGUACAGGAAAAAGAGCACGCACUUGAGCGACCGGUGCCACCCAAUUUUUCCCUACUGCCGAGCGCGCCAUCAGCUAGCCUCGACUCUUGUGGCUUAGCUUCAGAUGUGUCCAUAGGUGAAGUCACGCCUGUCCCUGGUCUCAAAGGUAAACCAGCUCUUCUGACGCAAGUUUCUAACGAGCCAAGACCCGUUUGGAUCACAUCUUGUCUGCAAUGCACGAUCGCUGGUCUGCCAUGUUCAAGAACAUAUCCAUACUGUUCUCGAUGCCAGCGGAGUGGCCGUGCCGAAGAGUGUCUACUCCAUCGCCGGUGCUUCGUUUCCGAGGCGCCUAAUUCUACAGAAGUAGCAGGGCGCAAGGCUCCUCUUUUACUCAAGGUGGUAGGCGAAGACGACGGACUCUGGAAGCGCAAGGUCGAACUGGCUGAGGAGUUGUGUGAGAAAUGGGUUAGGGGGCAAGACAAGAAAAAUUGGGUGCUGCCAGACAUCAAUAGCCGAAGACGUGGAUGGCGUACACGCAAGGACGGAAUCAAGAAAGACAAGACAUCACACCCGGGAGAGGGCAUUGGACGUCUGUCUUUCCGCGAAUUGUUCGUUGACAUGAACGAUUGA